AUGGGGGCGUCCCCUCUUCACCCACCGCACGUCUGCAGUCUUCCAGGCCUCCUCCCAGACCUCCCAGGCAUGUUGGCAGGUUGCUGGCGCCUUACACUGAGGCCCAUCUGGUCGACCCGGCCAGGCGGUUGCGAGGAUGCCAAGUACCCAUGGUGGACGUUGAACCUGGGAGCCUGGCCCUGGAAGGAGGGAAGACGCCUCUAUACGGAAUCUGGCUCCGAGGCCAAGUGCCAGGAUGUUCGGGGACUCCCCGCUGAACUGAGCUGGAACCCCGGCGGGCACGGCUACGCCGUCACAUCCCGCAAUUUGUAUGCGGCUGGACGAGAAUUGCGAGGUCCCAAGGCGCGAUUGAAGAAAAUUCGCUGGUGGUUUGAAGGAGACGAGAACGUGGGAUGGUUUACCCAGUCGGCUCGUCGCUCCGUCGCCGAUGGAGUCCAUUGUGAAUACACUCUACUAUGUAUCUUGGCUUUUUUGCUUGGUAACUGUUCGGGGGCCAUGCGAAGGCCGGGGUGCCCUAUGCCGAAAGCGUUGAUUGCUAUCAAGAUCAGACCGAGCUUUGACUCCUGA